AAAGUACCAAUAGAGCCAAGUGUGUUGUCCACUGUAGUUUCCCUCUCACUCACCACGUUGACGGCGGUGAGCGCUAACGUCAAUGUCAUCGAUCAUUAAAACCCUCAUCGGCGGUUGUUUCUAUGGCACCACCGCCGACCACCACAGCAACCAUUCCCCGGAGCUCAAAUUCAAUGACACCAAAACGACGUCGUCAGAGUUGCAAUUCUUUGUUCGCAUGAUGUGGAAAUGUAACACCAUAGUCAUUCACGCUUCAAGAGAAGACACAGUGGAAUCUAUUCUCCAACAAAUUUCAUCCAAAACCAAAAUUCCUAUUGAAUAUCAACGAUUGAUCUACAAUGGAAAACAGCUUCAGCAACAACAGAGUCUCAGCCAAUGCGGCAUCGAAAACGACGCCAAUCUUCAAUUGGUUGGUCAAUUGAGGAGUAUAGUGCGUUCUGUAGUGUGGAAUUCUACAGAUGAUAUUGUUUCAAUGAUUCUCAAACUCUGUAGAGGUGAACCAGUGAUUGGUGCUUCCAUAAAUUUUUGUAAACACUUUACAAAGUAUAUGCAUAAUUCCUUCUAUGUUAUCAAGAUUAUGAAAAUUCCCUCUCUGUUGGUAGCUCUUUUUAAGUCUCCUCACGCAAGUAAUGCAAGCAUUGCUGAUUCAUCUAUUAGGAAUUUCGUGAAAGUUUGUUUAGAUUUGAAGUGCAAAACGUUGCAGAGUGCUUACCUAGAAGUGUUGUUGGAGUUUUGUGAAUUGCUUAGAGGGGUAGGGUGUAAGUGUGAUCAUCCUUUGUAUGUUUGUUGUCGGGAUGGUUUUGUGGAAUUGUUGAUUCUUGUUGGCGGUGUUCUCAUCAAGAAUCCUAAAAUGAAGGUUUUGCUUCGGGGUGUUUUUGACUGUGUUCGAGAGAUCACAGAUGAGCUGUUGAGGUUUUUGGAUUUGAGUAUGAAUUUUCCCACUAAAAGGGGGCUUUCGUACAAAGUUGUUUUUGAUUUUGUUAAAUUCUGUUGCCCUUUGAGGAUGGGAUUCGCCAAGGAGCAAGCAACAUCUUUGAAUUGUGAUAUUUGCUAUGAGGAGGAUCCCUUGUUUUUAGGAGUGCCUGAUCAACUUCAUAUUGUAUUUAUUAAGUCAUUGAGCAAAAUGGACGAGUGCCUUCAAGUCAUGGAAGAUUGCUUGGUUAACAAGAAACGUGGAAAAGGCGAAUUGGAUGUUCUCCAUAAUUGUUAUCUUAUUAUUCUUAAGGAAUUGUUUCACAUCUCCAAGUUCUAUAGCGGUGCACAAGAACAGUUUUGGGGACUUUUCUUGCGUCGAAAAAAUGUGCUACCUCAUAUGAUUGUUCGGUACGUGAAGAAACCUGAUGAUCAUUGGUGGCUUCUUGAGAACAGAAUUGUGACUGAUUUUGAAUCCAGGAAGCAUUUGGUGAUGAUGCUAUUCCCUGACUUAAAAGAUAAAAUAUUGGGAUAUGAGAUGCUUAUUGACAGGUCUCAGGUUUUGGCUGAAUCUUUUGAGUACAUAUCACGAGCUAUGCCUAAAUCUCUGCAGGGUGAUCUAUUUAUGGCAUUCAAGAAUGAGAAAGCUACAGGACCAGGUGUACUGAGGGAGUGGUUUGUUUUAGUGUGUCAGGAAAUAUUUAAUCCAAGAAAUGCUCUUUUUGUGGCAUGUCCAAAUGACCACAGGAGAUUUUUUCCUAAUACUGCAUCUAUGGUAAAUGCUCUGCACCUAAAGUACUUCAUCUUCUCUGGACGUAUUAUUGCAUUAGCUUUGAAGAAGAAGGUGCGCGUGGGUAUUGUUUUUGAUCGUGUAUUUUUCAAGCAAUUGGCUGGAAACUAUAUUAUUACUUUAGAAGAUAUUCGGGAUGCAGAUCCUAUAAUGUAUAGUAGCUGCAAGCAAAUAUUGGAGAUGGAGGCUGAUUAUAUUGAUUCAGAUGCAUUAGGACUGACAUUUUCUAUAGAGGUGGAGGAAUUAGGACACAGGGAAGUGAUUGAGCUCUGCCCUGGUGGAGAAAGCCUUGUUGUGGAUAGUAAGAACAGGGAGAAGUAUGUUCAUCUUCUUAUACAAAGUCGUUUUGUGACAUCCAUAUCUGAGCAGAUAUCACAUUUUGCCCAAGGUUUUGCUGAUAUUAUAUCUUGCUCAAGUCUAGAGUUCUUCCAAUUUUUACACCAUGAAGAUUUUGAUUGGAUGCUGCAUGGGAGUGAAAAUGACAUUUCUGUUGAAGAUUGGAAGGCACAUACCAAGUAUCAUGGCUAUAAAGAGAACGAUCGUCAGAUAUCUUGGUUUUGGAAGAUCGUUGGGAGAAUGCCAGCAGAGCAAAAGAAGGUUCUUCUGUUCUUCUGGACAUCUGUGAAACAUUUACCAGUUGAAGGUUUCCAUGGCUUGAAUUCCCGUCUAUUAAUUUGCAAAUCCCAUGAACCUGAUAAUCAUCUGCCCUCAUCUCACACAUGUUUUUACAAGUUGUGCUUUCCCCCGUAUUCUUCUAUAGCUAUCAUGCAAGAUCGCCUUGGAAUCAUCACUCAAGAACACAUCAGCUGCAGUUUCGGUACUCGAUAACGGUGAAUAGAAUACAGCUGCAAUUUGGUUAGAAGUGGUUUUGAAUCUUUUGAUUGCACAUAGAAAUACCAGAAGUCACCUUUGUACAUUUUGAUAGGAUUGUUCCUUUUUUUUUUUUUUUUUUGUCAAAAUGAUAACCUGAGAGUGCUUUUCUAGUUCUGUUUCUCAAAUUGAUUAUGGAUGGCAAUGCCGUUGAUCUUAUGUGAAGUGUUUAUAUGAGGGGUAAAGAGUCAAGAAAACAGGAUUGAAGGAAAGAAUAUAUUUUAUUCUGUUGACAAUGUUUAAGGUUGCAAGUGCAAUUUUUCUUCGCUCUAUGAUUUAUGGAGUGAUGUUAACUUAUGUUCUUCUUCACUCUUUUAAAUCUGGCUUGUUUCAAGCUUCAAUGGUUUUAACUUUUGGUGUUGCAUAU